AUAAGCUUAGUUCCAACAUGUUGGAGGCCUGAAAGGUGUAAAUAAGAAUAUGGGUUGUCAAAUUUUCUACUAAAUGUUUCAAAACAAUAUUGACUUUAUAAAUUAAUAAAUAAGUGUGUACAUCUUUGUAAUAACUUUAAUUAUUUAUUUAUUAUGAAUAAAAAUGAUAAAAUUUUAGCUGCUAGGCGAAAGCUGAAAAAAUUCCAACAAAAUAAACAACAUCAAGAAACUCUUCCUGGAUAUCAGAAUGAAGAAGAGAGCAAUGAGAAAUUACGGGGGACCGAGAUGAAUGAAGCAGAUAACAGCCAAUUAGUUAAGGAGCAUGGUCACUUUACUGGUAAUAAUGAAGAAAAUUUAAAGUUUCUUGAAGUUGAUGAUUCAAAGGAAUUGGUGAUGAAUAAAUUUCUGGGAGUCGAUACAGUUGAACAGGAAUUACCAGCUUUGCCUGAUAUCAAAAAAGAAUUUGAAGUAUCAAAGAUAGAUAUUACUUGCAAAUCAUCGUCGCCAGUCGAGCAUGACAGUCAUGAUAAUGACUGUUCUUCUCCAUCACUUCGAAAUAGCCCUGACUUUUCUGCGAAUGAGAUUAUUUUUGAAAAUGAUGUGCUUCAAAAUUCUCUUUCUUUAACUAAUCAACAGAAUCUUGAACAACAAAAUUCCUCAGAUACUUUACUUGAUAAUAAUUUUAUAAUGAAGUCAUCGAAAAUUAAUCCCGAUUCUGUGAAUGACAAUCAGUUACUGCCAGAGGAUACUGAGAUUUUAACAAAACUUUAUUAUCAAGUGAAUCAGUCCCAAAAUACGAUAUCCGAAUUAGAAAGUUCAAUAUUAAGAAAAGAUAUUGAAUCAAAUACGAAAUUUAUUGAAGAAAUAAAUUUCUUAAAAAAAAAUCUUCAAGUUUAUCUGCAGACUACGAAUAUUCUUGUCGCAGAAAAAGCAAAUCUCAGUAAAUCACUUUCUAAUUACCAGAGUUUAGUAGCAGAAAAAUCUCAGACGAUUGAAGAUUUAACUCGAGAAUUGCAUGCGAGUCAGUGCCGUUGCAGCGAAUUUGAAAAAAAAUUACAUCAUACGAAUCAAACUAUUUGUGAAAUUAAUAAAUCCUAUCAGCUCUUACAAGUUAAUUAUGAAAAUCUGAAUUCUAAGUUUUUGGAAUUAGAAAAGUGCUAUGAAGAGCAGAAAUUAGAAACUGCUGAACUACAGCAGGUUUUGAACUUAAAAAAUAUUGAUCUAACGAAUCUUCAUCAGGAAAUUAAAGAGAAAAAUAGAUUAUUGACAUUAGCAGAGUUAAAAAUUAAACAAUUAACUAAUGAAACACAAGAAACGCAUAAACUUGAAGAUCAAAAUCAAGUUCAUACAACGUUCGAAGAACAAUCAUCACAAUUACGUGAAAGCUUGCAAACUUCAAAUGCAGAAAAAUUGGAAAUGUUUAAUCAUUAUGAGAACUAUGUAAAACAAUUAGAUAAAAAGUUUAAGAGCGUGACUGAAGAGUUACAAAAUGCGCAGACAAUAAUUAAAAAUCUAAAGGAACGGGAAGAAAAUUUAGUUCAGAGCUUAUCAGUCAUAGAGCAACAAUAUCAGCAAGAAAAGCAGAAAGUCGAACAAUCUCUUUCGGAAAAAAAUGACAACCAGGUCGAAUAUUUAAAUGAAAAAAUUAGUUCGUUAUUGCAUAAUAAUGAAAGCCUUCAAAAUGAUUUAAGUGAAAAAGAAAUGAAAAUAGAAGCUAUGGAAAAAGAAAUUGCAGAAUUACGUGAACUGGAGCAUCAAAGCUUUGAAAUGUCAAAAUUGUUGUCAGCUUUGGAAAGUGAACAAUUAGGAGCCUCGAGAGCUAUUAGUCAAAAUCAACAACUGAAAGAGCAAUUAACUGAAAUCCAAGACGCAUAUGUUACGGUUAGUAAUGAGAAAUUAAAUUUAACGCAACAGUUACAAGAUGAACUUUCAGUCAAAAGUAAAUUAAAUGAUCAAUUGAACGAACUGAAAUCUGAAAUAAAUCAACUGAAAAAUGAGUUAAGUAAAAAAGAGAGCAUAAUAAGCCAAAUGAUGAUGGAAAAAUUAUCUUUGGUGCAAACAGUCGACCAACAGGAUUUUCAGGAGCAAUUACAAGAGUCAACUGUUUUAAAAACAGAAUGUCAAGAUCAUCUAGAUUCAAUCGAAAAGUCAGAAAUUCCGAAUCAAGAAUCAACUUCUGUCGAUAAAAAUUCCGGAGCUACUGUUGACGAGAGUUUAGAUAUUCGAAAUCAUAAACUUACUGAAGAAAGUCAACAGUCGAUUACCGAAGCGAUGACAGAAAAUUUGAAUAAUCCUGAAAAAACAGAAACUCAUAGAUUAGAUCUGAUGACUGAACCGAUAACAAAACUAGAGGCACGAUUUAAGGAUAUGAUGGAAAAAGUAGCAGAGCUAACGGAGGAAAAACAGCGUUUGGAACAUUUAGUAUUGCAACUUCAAGGAGAAACAGAAACAAUAGGAGAGUAUAUAACUCUAUAUCAUAAACAACGAGCCGUUCUUCACAGUAAAGCAGAAGAAAACGAGAAAACAUUCCACCACUUGAUAGAAAAGUACAAUCAGCAACAUGCACAGCUCCAUCAAUUGAAAGUUCUUUUUGCCGAUUUGCUGAAAGAAACUGGAGGUUCUCUACUUCCUCGUCAUGAAGAUACUCAAUCUUCAAAUGUACCAGACUUUCUGACGACAGAAGAGGGAGUGAAAGCUCAACAAUUAGACGGAUCGAUACCUAAUGAAACGUCUGAAACAACUGUAAAAAUUAUUGAAUUAAUCAGACGCAUUAAAGAUUGUAAGGACCCAUGUACUGUGGAGCAAAACUUUCAUCCUUGUCUAUGGUGCUCAGGGAAACUGAUUACUAUAUAAUUAUAAAGUCUUUACAUUGAGUCAAAAUUUGUUUCAGGUCUCAUCCUACCUGAUUCCGAUAACGCUUUACUUUACCAAUCUAUCGCUUAAGGUAAAAGUCCGUAUUAUACAACCCAUGUUAAUGCAGAAUUCCAAACUUCUAGUGAUAUAAAAUAUUUUCAAUUUAAAAUAAAAUUUAAUUUAAAAAGAGUCAAUAACAAGCAAUUGAAAAAUGUAAAUUUUGUAACCCUAUUUAUGUAUUUAAAUUGAAAAAAAAUUUACGAAUGAAA